AUGACUGAAUGGACCCCUAGUUCGUGGACACAAAAGCCGAUCAAGCAAGAUGUCAUUUACGAAGAUCGCCAGGGGUUGAAAGACGCGCUACUGAAGCUGCAGAAGCUACCUCCGCUGGUAACAACACGGGAAGUCAUUCAUCUUAAAGAAAAUCUGCGAAAUGUUGCUCUGGGCAGGGCAUUCGUUUUGCAAGGUGGUGAUUGUGCGGAGCUCUUCGACUACUGUAAUCAAGAAAUGAUCGAAGCCAAGGUCAAGCUUCUAUUGCAGAUGAGCUUGGUGUUGAUAUGGGGCGCCAAUAAGCCCGUCAUUCGUAUUGCCCGCAUUGCAGGUCAAUUUGCGAAGCCACGCUCGAGCUCAACAGAAGUGGUCAACGGAGUGGAAAUGCCCUCCUUCCGCGGCGACAACAUCAAUGGCUUUGACGCCGAUCCCCAGUCCCGCCAACCAGACCCAACACGUCUAGUCUCGGCGUACUUCCACUCAGCAGCAACCUUAAACUACCUGCGCGCGUCCCUUUCAUCCGGUCUAGCAGACCUGCACUCCCCUCUAGAUUGGGGCUUGGGACACGUAAUCACACCCUCGAUCAAAGAGAAAUACGAACGCACCGUGAGCGCAGUCAAAGACGCCCUCCGCUUCAUGCAUACAGUAGGAAUCGACAAAGACCGCGGCGUGGAAACAGCAGACAUUUUCACCAGCCACGAAGGCCUCUCGCUUGAAUACGAGCAAAGCCUAACCCGACUCCUCCGACACCCACCCUCCAUCACCUCAACUAACCCAACAAUUUCCGACUCUGGAUACUAUGCAACCUCGAGCCACUUCCUCUGGAUCGGCGAUCGAACACGCCAACUUGACGGCGCACAUGUCGAGUUCUUCCGCGGAAUCGCCAACCCCAUCGGAAUCAAAAUCGGGCCCAGCAUGACCUCGGACGAGUUAGUAAACCUGCUGAAUGUUGUCAACCCUGAGCGUGAGAUCGGUAAGGUGACUUUGAUCUCUCGGUAUGGUGCUUCCAAAAUUGCCAACUUCUUGCCUGGGCAUAUCGCUGCUGUGCAAGCUUCUGGCCACCUCCCUGUCUGGCAAUGUGAUCCCAUGCACGGCAAUACGCAGAGUACGCCGUCUGGGGUUAAAACACGUCAUUUUACGGAUAUCUUGUCUGAAUUGCGUCAGGCUUUGGAAAUUCAUCGGGCUGCUGGGUCUUUCUUGGGUGGCAUGCAUCUUGAGUUGACUGGUGAGGCUGUCACUGAGUGUGUGGGUGGUGCAGCUGGAUUGACCGAGGAUGGCCUGGGAGAGCGGUAUACUACUUUCUGUGAUCCGCGCUUGAAUGAGAAGCAAGCUUUGGAGCUUGCUUUCUUGGUUGCUGGAUUCUAUCGCGAGGAGUCUGAGUACUGA